AUGCUGUCGUCGCGUAGCCACUCACAGACGGAUCAAACAGUCGAGAACGUUCAGGCAAAAUCGCUCGCUGCGGAGGGCAGGUUUCAGCGGAUUGAAGAGGAGCAGCGAGAGCUGAAGCCGGAACUCCACAAGUUGGAGCCCGAAGAGGAGAAGGAGGCAGAAGUGGGUAGUACUUUCGGUGCUCAGUACGCUGUUGAUGCCAAUGAGGAAGCCAGGGGCACCGAGAACCCCAAUCCCGUGAAGUCUGUCAGCAGUAUCGCGCUGUCUACGAUACCUCCAAUUGAGCUUUCCCAAGUAGACGUUUCAGGGGAGCUUCUCCCAGGCGAGAUGUCAAUGAUAUUCUGCGGGGGACGCCCCGAAAUCCAAAUCGAGAAUCCAACCAACUCAACUCGGCCUUUGGCCUUCAACAUCGAGUGGAUGGAAGAAUCACAGGUUGGAAAGUCCCAAGGAAACACAUCUGUCCACAUUGUUGAAGCAGAAUCGAUCGUCGGGGAAGUAACGUACCCACUGGACGGUAGGAGCGUCAUCUGCAUAUCUCAAGGGGUCCAGAUCGCUCGAAUAACCAUCCGAUAG